AUGUUCUCUAAGGCAAUCACAACAGUUAUUGGGUUGGUGUUUCUAUUUGGUGUUCAAUUAACAUUUGGGGAGCCUAUUUACAAUGUGAUUGACUAUGCUGCUAAAGGAGAUGGCAAAACUAAUGAUACAGAUGCAUUUUUAAAAACAUGGGAAGCAGCAUGUGGAGAUUGGAGCUACUCAACUCUCCUCAUCCCCUCAGGAAAAACUUUUCUCUUGAGUGGAAUCACUUUUUCUGGUCCAUGCAAAAAUAACAUUCACGUUCAGCUUAGUGGAAAUAUUACAGCACCAAAUACUUUAUGGACAAGGGAAGAGACCAACUUGGUGACAUUCAUCAACAUCAACAACCUCACAUUGGAUGGAAUAAACCUGAAGAACAGUCCAAGCAAGCAUAUGACAUUUUACGCUUGUAACGGCGUUUUCGUUGACUGGGUCUUCAUUACGGCGCCCGGCGACAGCCCCAACACCGACGGCAUCCUCGUCGCCGAUUCCCAUCACGUCCAAAUCCAGUGGACCACCAUCGGUACCGGAGAUGAUUGCAUUGCGAUUUUAUCCGGUUCGUCGGACGUGAACAUCACUGGGAUAACAUGUGGGCCUGGGCACGGCAUCAGCGUAGGGAGUCUGGGGGGGCGUGGUGAGACAGCCAAGGUAGAGCGAAUCCAUGUCUCCUACUGCAACAUUUUUCAGGCUUUGACUGGUGCAAGAAUCAAAACAUGGCAGGGAGGAGCAGGAUAUGCAAAGGAGAUCACUUUUAAGAACAUCAACAUGUCCUCUGUUCAGACUCCCAUCGAUAUUGACCAGAACUACUGCCCUUCAGGAAAUUGCCCCCAAAAGCCGGGAGCGGUGGCGAUAAGCAAUGUGGAAUUCAUGGACAUACACGGGACGUCAGCAGACGAGGUCGCCGUAAAACUCGAUUGCAGCGACAGCGUUCCGUGCAGGGAACUCCUUUUCGGCGGCAUUUUGCUCACCUGGGAGGGGAAGUCGGCGCCGGCGAAAGCCACCGCCGUCAAUGCCUAUGGCAAAACUGUUGGGAUGGUUACACCCCCAAUUUCCCUCAAAUAGCAAAGUUGUGGGAAUGAUUCUUUUUAUGUUCUCCCUUUUUAUGGUUGAAAUUGAUUUAGUUUUGAUAACUUAGAAAAUUUGUCACUCUCUAGGUGAAAAAAAACAAAUGAAAGAGGGGAAGAGUAGUUUUAGUGGAAACAUA